AUGUCAUCCGUCGUAUCAGAAGAGCAUGUACAAUUCUGCUUCAGAGUAUUGAUUGCUCACCUCAAAACAGAGCCACUACCAAAGCCGGCAUUCCCAAAUGAGAGCUAUCCUCUAUUUGUUACUUGGCACAAAAAAACUAAGGAUAACGAGCUUCAAUUGACAGGCUGUAUUGGCAACUUCAACCCUAUGCCUCUUCACACCGGCCUUACAAAGUAUGCUUUAAUCAGUGCUCUUCAAGAUCGCCGUUUCUCACCAAUUACUUUAUCCGCAAUCCCUGUGCUAACCUGCGCAGUAUCGCUCUUGAUAAAUUUCGAAAAAGCCAAUGAUUACCUUGAUUGGGAAGUAGGCACCCAUGGCAUUUGGAUUGAAUUCGUUAACGCUCAUGGUGAAAAAGAAACAGCUACCUAUUUACCCGAAGUUAUGAAGGAGCAAGGCUGGACCAAAAAAGAAGCCAUCAAGUCGCUUUUGCGAAAGGGCGGCUAUCGUGGUCCUGUUACUGAAACAUAUUGCCUUGAGUCUAUCGUCUUAACAAGAUAUCAGUCGCAGAAGCUACAACAACCAUACAAAGGUUAA